AAGAGAAAUCUAAAAUUUUAUUGCGGCUCUCCAUUCUGUAAUCUGAUAAUUUUCCCCCUUUUUUUUUUCAUUAAUUUUUUUCCAUCAUAAUCCCCACCUUCUUCAUCACCUACUGUCACUUGUCUGUUACUUUUUUUUUUCUUCUUUAAUUUGAUUAAUUUUUAAUAUAUUUUUAUUCUCUGCACCAAACUUUACCUUAUUUUUCCCUCUAGCAUUCUUUCGUCUUUUCGCCUCUCUAAUUUACUCUAAUUUAGCUAUUGAUUUUUCAAUUCGGGGAAGGAACUGGAUUUCUUUGUAUAAUUCUUUGAUAACAAAGCUUUGUUCUUCUUUUUUGGAAUCAUUUCGUGGGCUUUGGAGAGGGUUUUGACGGAAAAUUGUGCUGGUUUUACGUCGGAGUUGGUUCAAUUAUCGAUAAGUAACCGAAGUAAUUAUUGAACUCGAGAAUCUGAAUCGGGGAUCUGUGGUAAUUUUUUUAAAAUAAAGGAGAAUCAAAUUGGAAUUUUAGCUGAUUGGUGGCGAUUGAAAGAAAAGGGUUUUGGAUCCGAUCAGGGGAGUAACAGCGCCAUCAGAUGGCGCUGUUCAGACGCUUGUUUUACCGGAAGCCGCCGGAUCGGCUUCUCGAGAUCUCAGAACGUGUCUACGUAUUUGACUGCUGCUUCUCCACGGAUGUGUUGGAAGAAGAUGAGUACAAGGUGUAUAUGGGUGGCAUUGUGGCACAGCUACAAGACCAUUUUCCCGAUGCUUCUUUCAUGGUGUUUAAUUUCAGAGAAGGGGAGAAGCGGAGCCAAAUUUCAGACAUUUUAACUCAGUAUGAUAUGACUGUUAUGGAUUACCCACGGCAAUAUGAGGGAUGCCCUCUGCUUCCGCUUGAAAUGAUUCAUCACUUCCUUCGCUCGAGUGAAAGCUGGUUGUCUUUGGAAGGGCAGCAGAAUGUGCUUCUGAUGCACUGUGAAAGAGGAGGAUGGCCCAUACUCGCUUUCAUGCUUUCUGGUCUUCUGUUAUAUCGCAAACAGUACACUGGUGAGCAGAAGACUCUUGAAAUGAUCUACAAGCAAGCUCCUCGGGACCUUCUCCAACUUCUUUCUCCUUUGAAUCCACAGCCAUCCCAGUUGAGAUAUCUUCAGUAUAUUUCAAGAAGAAAUUUGGGUUCUGAUUGGCCUCCCUCAGAUACACCACUAUUUUUGGAUCGCCUAAUUCUUAGAGUUCUUCCCCUCUUUGAAGGGGGAAAAGGGUGCAGGCCAGCUGUACGUGUUUAUGGCCAGGACCCUGAAACACCAGCCAAUAGAAGUUCCAAGCUUCUGUUUUCAACUUCAAAGACAAAAAAACAAAUUCGUCACUUCCUAAAGGAAGAGUGUGCAAUGGUGAAAAUAGAUAUUCAUUGCCGUAUUCAAGGGGAUAUUGUGCUUGAGUGCAUUCAUUUGGAUGAAGAUUUGGUACGCGAAGAGAUGAUCUUCAGAGUUAUGUUUAACACAGCGUUUGUUCGAGCAAAUGUUUUGAUGUUAUACCGUGAUGAGAUUGAUGUGUUGUGGGAUGCCAAGGAUCAAUUUCCAAAGGACUUCACAGCAGAGGUACUUUUUUCGGAUCCUGAUGCUGUUGUACCUGGUCUCACCAGAGUAGUUGCAAGUGAUGAUGGGAAUGAGAUAGAAAGUGCUUCACCAGAGGAAUUUUUUGAGGUUGAAGAGAUCUUCAGCAAUGCAGUUGAUGCAGUGGAAGGAAAGGUGGAUGACAGCAGUCUGAUAGUUCCUCACAACAAGCCAGAUCAGAAAGAUGUCUGGAGGGAGGAUGUGGAUCCUCCAACAUUUCAAGAUUGUGCGUCAGAUGAUGGGAACCACAAACAAGACACAAAAGUUUUUUCUAGUAUAGAUGCAGUGAAGGACAUAGCAGUGGAUGAUGUGAAUUACAAAUUAGAUAAGAUUAGUUCUGACAUUAAUACUGUGAAGGAUAUAUCAGUUGAUGAUGGAGACAUGAAGAUUGACUCAGUGGUAUUUACUGUUGAUGUGCUGAGAGAUAGAGAAACGAAGGAAGUUAUAGAAGAUGUGAUUGACAAAUUAGAAGAGAUGCAAGAUAAGGGAAAUAGAGAUGAUACUAUUCCAUUGAAGAAGUCAGAGUCUAAGAUGUUUGAGCAGAGGUUGAAAGCUGAUGUUUCCCAACCUAAACCUGAGAAACUAUUGUCUGCUUCAAAGAAACAGGCUGCGCUGGACCCAAAACCAACUUUAGAUUCUGUUUUGGUGAAACCAAAGAAGGACCAACUAGAACCUCAGAGUCCUGCAAGACAAGCAAAGCCAAACAUCAUAUCUCGGUGGAUCCCUCCUAACAAUGGCUCUUAUACCAAUUCAAUGCAUGUAUCUUACCCACCAUCAAGAUAUAACAGUGCACCGCCUGUACUUUCCAGCAUCACAUCUGAUUCAGGUUCGAAUCGUAAGGGCUCUAUUGGAGCUGUGAUACUAGAGGAUGUUUCAUCUGAGCAAAAAAGUCAGAUGGUUGAGCCUUUGAAGUCUACAGACUCUCCAAAAGAAAUAUCUACCACUCCAAUAAUUCCAACAUCAACUACUGGUUUGCAGCAAUCAGUGUCUAUUCCACUUCCACCUCCACCACCACCACCACCACCACCACCUCCUCCUCCUCCUCCUCUAUCUAGAAUGUCUCCUGCAGCAUCACCUCCCCCUACUCCUCCUCCUCCUCCUCCCCCUCCCCUUCCCCCUCCAUCCCUCCAUCCACCUUACAAAGUGGCAAAUAUGCAGAAUACCGGUAUGGUUUCACAAUCUGCAUUUGCAGCUUCUCCUCCGCCUCCGCCUCCUCCUCCUCCUCCCCCUCCCCCAUUUUCUAAUAAGCAGACUACUGAACUGGUUACGCCUCCUCCGGCUCCACCCCCUUGGAAAUCUGGGUAUUCUUUAGAUGCCUCCUCUGUAGCAUGUUCUUCAUUUCCUCAUGCUAAUACACUUAUCAGCACAUCAAAACUUGGUAUUGUUCCUCCUCCUCCUCCCCCUCCUCCACCAAUUCCAGGUUCUAUGACUCCAUCUUUCACGCGAGGAGUGCCAUCGCCUCCGCCCCCUCCCCCUCCGCCUCCCAUGACUAGAGCUCCAACUACCCCCCUGCCACCACCACCACCACCACCACCACCUACUAGACAUGGAGCUUCACUUCAACCUUCUCAUUAUGGAGCUUUUCCACCACCUCCGCCACCAAUGCCUUCUCAUCAUGGGGCUUCUCCAGCACCACCUCUUUCUCAAGGAACUCCACCUACACCCCCACCACCCCCACCUAGGUUUGGUGCCCCUCCUCCUCCACCUCCACCACCCUCAUUGAAGUCCACUGCCCCACCUCCACCCCCUCCACCGCCAUUGAUGUCUAGUGCCCCACCUCCAAAAUUUGGAGUCCCUCCUCCACCCCCUCCCCCUUUGCGUGGAGCACCACAUCCUCCUCCUCCCCCACGUGGAGCUCCACCCCCACCACCUCCACCUGCUCGUGGAGCACCAGCACCACCCCCACCUCCUAUGCGUGGAGCACCUGCACCGCCCCCCCCUCCUAUGCGUGGAGCACCUGCACCGCCCCCCCCUCCUAUGCGUGGGGCACCUGCACCGCCCCCACCUCCUAUGCGGGGGGCUCCUCCACCUCCUCCAGGUGGAGCACCACCUCCACCGCCACCUCCUGGAGGUCGAGCUCCUGGCCCUCCAGCUCCACCUGGAGCUCCUCGUGGUGCACCUCCGCCUCCACCAUUGGGUGCUAGAGCCGCCGAUGUGAGAGGAAGAGGGCGUGGGCUAUCGCGUCCUGGAGCUGCUGCUGCACCUCGGAGAUCUUCCUUAAAGCCAUUACACUGGAGCAAGGUUACAAGGGCAAUACAAGGAAGCUUAUGGGAAGAAUUGCAAAGAUAUGGAGAGCCUCAAAUUGCACCUGAAUUUGAUGUGUCUGAGAUUGAGACUCUUUUCUCUGCUGUUGUUCCUAAACCUGCUGAUUCUGGGGGUAAAUCUGGAGGCCAACGCAAAUCUGCUGGAUCAAAACCUGACAAAGUCCACUUGAUUGACUUGAGGAGGGCCAACAACACUGAAAUUAUGCUCACUAAAGUCAAGAUGCCACUUUCUGAUAUGAUGGCUGCAGUGCUAGCAAUGGAUGAUACCGUAUUAGAUGUAGAUCAAGUGGAAAAUCUGAUAAAGUUUUGCCCAACUAAAGAGGAAAUGGAACUUCUCAAGGGCUACACUGGUGACAAGGAGAAUCUAGGAAAGUGUGAACAGCUAGUAAAUAAAGAGCCUUCCCAAGGAAGCUGCACAAGCAAUGACAGAAACAUGUGUCUUGGCAUUAACUUUGAGAAAAAUGUACUUUUUGGAGCUGAUGAAAGUGCCACGAGUAGAGUCAAAAUUACGAGUGUUUUCCUUCAAGAUUCAGUUUGGUUCUCAGGUUUGGUGAUUUCUGAAUUUAGAAAGAGCUUAAACACAGUAAAUUCUGCAUGUAAUGAGGUACGGAAUUCUGUUAAAUUAAAGGAGAUCAUGAAGAAAAUUCUCUAUCUGGGAAAUACAUUGAACCAAGGAACUGCAAGGGGUUCUGCUAUUGGAUUUAAGUUGGACAGUCUUCUAAAGCUCACAGAUACACGUGCUUCAACAAGCAAGAUGACGCUGAUGCAUUAUCUUUGCAAGGUCCUAGCUGCCAAGGCACCAGCACUUCUAGAUUUUCACCUGGAAUUUGUUAGCCUUGAGGCUGCAACUAAGAUACAAUUAAAAUCUUUAGCAGAAGAAAUGCAAGCUAUAAUUAAGGGAUUAGAAAAGCUUAAGCAGGAACUGGUUGCCUCCGAAAAUGAUGGUCCUGUAUCCGAAGUUUUCCGGAAGACAUUAAAGGAGUUUAUUUCUGUUGCUGAAACGGAGGUGGUGUCGUUGACAAAUCUAUAUUCUAUGGUGGGUAGAAAUGCAGAUGCACUUGCACUCUAUUUUGGUGAGGAUCCUGCCCGAUGCCCGUUUGAGCAAGUUACUGCAACCCUCUUAAAUUUUGUGCGGCUGUUUCGGAAAGCACAUGAAGAGAAUGUUAAACAGGCUGAACUGGACAAGAAGAAAGCCGAGAAGGAGGCUGAAAUGGAGAAAGCCAAGGAAGCCAACCAUAAAAAGAAGAGUGCAAAGUAGUGAAAAUCAGUUUCUGUAUUCCUACAAGGUAAUAUGCUCCUUCCAAUCAGCAGAAACCUGUGCAGACGAGUAUGAGUGAAAUGAGAGGAACAGCUGCUUUGGAGGACUUUUGAGGUGCCUCCUAUUUUGUGCCUUGGGAGACGUUGUGAAUGAGGCUUUUUAGGGCCUUUAAUUAUGCAUAAGGCUUCAGGAGACAUUUUCUAUGGGAAGAUAUUCAGAUCCGGUUACCGUGGAUGAUUCCAUGAAUGUUCCAAAGUAGAUGUCAGAUGGAGCAGAGAGCGGGUUAUGAUCACAACUGAGUAACAGAUAAUCUGAAUAUGCAGAGUUAUCAAGGUAACUGCUACGAGCCUUGUAGCAUUAUUUUGAGUAUGAAAUUUGUAGAUUGGGUGGACCUUCUACGAUUUCAUUUCAGCUUCCACCAUUCACCUGGCAUAUUUGAUUCAGCCUGUGGAAUCGUAACAGCUGGUAAGUCCCACUGUACCAUGAAAACAUGUAGUGUACAAAGUUCUAACCAUCCACUUACUGUAGAAUUCAAUUCUUUAUCUUGUAUUCUUGUAACAUAAUCUUUUUUUUUUCUUCCUGAAAAAAGCCCACCGGAGAAAGAGGUUGUAUAGGAUGUUAGGUUUUAGAGAAGGGAAAUCUACAAGAGGGGCUUUCUUAUUGUAACUGUAAAAUAGCACCCAGAAUAUAUAGCCUGCUGAUUUGUAAAACCUCUUUUGUUUCUUUCAUUUCAUGGGAUAUGAUUUGAUUCGAUUUGAUUCCUCAAUCAAAAGUAAUUCAUGGUUUCUCCUUGUA